AUGGACUUUAACAAUCAGGCUAAUAUUAGAAACCUUAUAUCAAGAUACUUUCAUGAAAGAUUGAAUUACCGGCAAAUAGUGACUGUGUUGCGAGAACAACAUGGGAUAUUAUUGUCAAUAAGACAUUUAUAUAGACUUUUAAGGUCUGAAGGACUUCAACGAAGGUCGUACUCUGAUCCAUCUUCAGUUAUAGACUUCGUCCAGAAUGAACUCCAACAUUCAGGCCAGCAACACGGAUACAGGAUUAUGCGUGAAAGAUGUCUGGCAAAUGGUUUAUAUGUUCGAUCAGGCGACAUAGCAACCAUUCUCCGUAUAAUGGAUCCCGAGGUAAUUACAGGCAAAUACAUUUCUGACUUCACACUUAAUCAGCUCUGGAUAACAUUUCCUUUAGCACUUUUUUUCUAUUUAUUUACAGGUGUUCAGCACAGAACUGCUAGAAGGUUUAACCGCCGUACCUACUCUGCCGCCGGACCUAGCUUUCUCUGGCACAUUGACGGCUACGAUAAGCUUAAACCUUAUGGCUUAUGCAUCCACGGAUGUAUCUGCGGUUUUUCAAGGAAGAUUUUGUGGCUAAAUGUGUUCAAUACUAAUAACAAUCCAAGGGUAAUCGCCGGCUACUUUUUAGAAACUGUUGAAAAGUACGGUGGCACCGCUAAGGUCAUACGAGGGGAUUUUGGCACUGAAAAUACCUUGGUCAAAGAGUUGCAACGCUGGUUUAAAAGAGACAGUGGAGAUAACAUUGAUUACAUUGAAGGCGCAAGUACACUCAAUCAAAGAAUUGAAUCAUGGUGGGGAUAUCUCAGACGCCAGCACAUCCAGUAUUGGAUCGACUUAUUUCGGGGAUUGCAGGAAGUUGGCGAAUAUUCUGGAAGUCAACUCGACAAACAUUUAGUACAGUUUUGUUUUAUGGGUAUAGUACAGACAGAGUUGGAUUUAGCCGUUUCGAUGUGGAACAACCACACGAUCAGACGUUCAAGAAGUAACAACCCAUGCGGUCAGCCAAACAGAAUGUUCAACUAUCCAAGUUUGUGGAAUGCGAGAAAUUAUAUGUUUCCCGUCCCUCAACAAGAUGUAUUCGCGUGCUCCAAUCGGGUCCAGUUUCGAUCAUCAGUGUGCUGCGAUGCUGAUGUGUAUGAAUUGUGCAUCAACAUUAUGGCUGAAGAUGACUUAUUGCCACCAGCAAAUGCGGAAGACGCACUAUCGCUAUAUAGACAUCUGAGGGCAGGCAUUAAUGCAGGUCAUUAAUUGGACUUAUGCAGGUCAUUAAGUGGACUAUCCCAGAUAUGAAAAAAAAACGUUAUUUAAAUACCCUGUCAAACUUUAUGACUCCAUAUAGAGGAUAUUACAGGAGUGUCUUUUCAUAUUAAAUCUAUUAAACGAGUUGGAUAAAAUAAUAAAUUGCGAGGCUCUACCGAGCAUUUUAUUAUUUUAUUAAACGAGUUUAAUAAAUUUAAUGUUAAAAGACACGAAUGUAAUAUUCUUUUUAUCACAUGCUUUAUUUGAUUCCGAAACACCGAUAAAUUGCCAUUUUUAUUCCCUAUAAACACGGUAAAAUCUAGCGACGUCCGCUAACUUUAAAAGACGCCGACGUCAAAGUGUUAUUACGCUAGUUUAUUUAAUGCUUUCCAGUGGAUUACUGAAAUAUAUCAGUGAAUUAUAUUCUGAUAAUUUCACAGUGAAAUUAUCAGAAUAUAAUUUCACUCUUCCGGUCGGCUUGUUCCCGUUUUAACAUGGUCCCUGUAUCAGGACGUAAACGAAACCAGAUUCAAAAUCAGCAUGACGUCAUAAAUUUGACGUCACUGAAGGCACGUUGUUUUGCGCUUUUUCAAACGUCGUUACACUAUUUUGAUAGAAACUUCCCCUUUUCUAGCAUGAAAUAAAUAGAAUAAUUGUUUGUUUUGUUGAAAGAUCACGUAUAUUUCAUUCGUGAACACCAAAAGCAGUUAUUUUCACUCGUGGCUUCGCCACUCGUGAAAAUAUCGCUUUUGGUGUUCACUCAGUGAAAUAUAUCUCGAUCUUUCAUCAAAACAAACAAUUAUCCUCUAUGUAAUAUCAAUAAUAUGUAAUGGCUUUAUUACGUUCCCGCGACGUCAAACAUGUGAUAAAAAAUGUUAUUGCACGGACGUACAUAUAUUUUGACGUGACGUCAUGUAUAAUUUACGCUACAAAACAUACACGGGCGUUACAGUACGCUAAAGUUAUAUGUUACACAGAAGCGCGUCAGUGAAAUGAUUGUUUUGGUGGGGUUGUUUUUGGCCUGUAUUUUUUUAUUAUUUUGUGUAAGUGAUUAAUAAAAUAUUUAAUUAGUGUAGCUUCAUAAUGAAAUAAUUGAACUCAAUGUAAAAAAUAUUUUGCUCGCCAGAGGCUCGCAAGAUUUUUUCAACACGUUCAAUAACCAGUAUGGACCCUACACUCAAUUAUCAUUUAUGUCCCAUGACAAGCUCAUGAAUCAAUGAUCAAAGAUCUUUUACAGUAUAAAUGUGUUUCCUGCUA